CUCUGGAAAGAACUAACAAAAAAAAAAAAAACCGCUCACUAUCCUCACAUUCUUUUUCUGUGACGAUCUGGGUUCGAUAAAAGCCCUAGGCGUUUUGCUUCUGUUACGCCUUGCAUUGCGGUGAUACACUAUAUUUUCUUCGCCCGUCUGGUCAAGGCAAAUAAUCCGAUCUUUGGCUUUUGUUUCCCCCCAUUUUUCUUUUUUCUUGUUCCAAACUAGGAUAUUGCAUUUUUUUAUUUUUUUUUUACGAUGGAGGCCACGAAGCAUGUCCGGCGUCGCCGGUAUCUUAACGAACCCGACGCAAUUGACAGGACACGAUGGGAGGCGAUUCCAAAAACGGCCCCGGUGCGCAAAGGGAACAAUCCCGUCCUCAAAGGAUGGAUCCUUGCGGUCUGCGCAUUUUUAAUGGAAAACCUGCGCUUCUUGCGAGAGAUGGCAUGGCACAACGCCGGUUUUGGCUCCCUUCGCAAUUUGCGCCGCAUCUUUGAGGAUUACGAGCCGCUGUUUGAGCCCACAGUAAUACCACUGCCGGAUGCGGCGGGGAAUGAAAUGACCAACGGCAAUGACGUACCAGUCGAAUUUGCACCACAGGAACCACCAACUUCACCAAAAGAAAAGGCUGCCCGCUAUUACUCCGCCGCAGACUAUCGCGCCCUGUUCCUCUCGGGCGAACUGACACCAACCGACGUCGCAAAUGCCAUUUUACCCCUAAUCCGGCGCGACACGUCACCUCCAGGCCGGCACUCGGUCGCAUGGUUUAAUGUCAGGGUGGAUUUUGUCCUGCGAGCCGCCGAGGAGUCCACACGCCGAUACCAAAACAAGCAAUCGCUCGGCCCUCUGGACGGCGUCCCCACGGCUAUCAAGGAUGAGUACGAGAUGGAUGGCUAUAUAACCUCUCAUGGCUCCCGCAAUGACUACACCAGCAAGGACGUGGACCCGGAGACGGGGCUCAACACCAACUGGUGUGUGCGCAAGCUGGAGGAGGCGGGCUGCGUGGUGCUGGGCAAGCUGUCCAUGCAUGAAUUCGGCCUUGACACCACAGGCAACAACCCCGUUUUCGGCACGCCUUUGAACCCACACAAUCAGGGGUACUACACGGGCGGCAGCUCUUCAGGGUGUGGUUAUGCUGUGGCGGCGGGGCUGGUGCCCUUCGCCAUGGGCAGUGACGGCGGCGGUAGCAUCCGCAUCCCGUCGGCGCUCUGCGGUAUCGUCGGUCUCAAGCCCACCCACGGCCGCCUGUCAUGCCUCCCGACCCAGAACCACUGCAACACGUGCUCGGUGCUGGGCCCGCUGGCCGCCGACGUCCGGACCCUAGCGACCGCCUACUCGGUCGUCGGUCAACCACACCCCACCUCGCUCUUCCCGCCACUCCCUCCCGCCCCGGCCCUCCUACGCUCACCCUCCCCAGCCUCCCCGUCGGCCAAAACCCUCGCCGUCCCGAGCCAGUGGUUCUCCCGUGCCGACCCCUCCGUCCAGACGCUCUGCCGCUCGCUGAUCCAGCGCCUCGUCGACCAGCGCGGCUACCGCGUCGUCCCCGUCGACCUCCCGAUGCUGAGAGAGGGGCAGAUCGCGCACGCCAUCGUCGUGCUGACGGACGCCUCGACGCUCCUCCCCGACACAAAGGGCCUGACGCCCGGCAACCGCAUCCUGCUCGCGCUCGGCCGCACCACGACCGCCGUCGACGUCCUCCUCGCGCACAAGCUCCGCCGCAUGCUGGUGGCGCUCCUCGCGCGCCUGUGGCGGGACACGCUGGGCCCCGACGCGCUGAUCCUGACCCCCACGACGGCCUGCGCCGGCUGGCCCGUCAGGGAUCCCGCCGCGGAGCUCAAGUACGGACUGAACGAUGGGGACACGACCCUCGCCAGCAUGGAGUACGUCUGGAUGGCCAACUUCUGCGGCCUGCCGGCCGUGAGCGUGCCGGCUGGAUUUGUGGUGCCCGAGGGAUCGGUCGGUGCGGGUAGGCCCGUUGCGGACGGGGAGGAGGUCGAGGGUAAGGUCCCGGUUGGCUUGAUGGCGAUGGGCGAGUGGGCGAACGAAGAUGGGCUGUUGAGGUUUGCCGUCGACGCGGAGGAGGUCGGGGAAGGGUUGAAGACUCGGCCUGGGAUUUGGGAGGAUGUUUUUGAGCUGGCGAGGAGUGCCAAGCAGAAUGGAGGACGGGAGGUUGUGGCUUAGGGUGG